CUGGGGACCAAGCUUUCGGAGAUGUGCGGCUAUAAGGUAUAAAGUGGGUGCACAUAGCAAGCGCUGUAUUCGAGAUCAUGCCAUAAUAAUUGAAUUUAAAACUCAAAGUGAAAUCGAAUACGGGCGGGGGAAGCAAUUCGAAUCUCCAGUGUUAGCUGAACAAACAAGACGACACCACAAUACUCUUGCGAUAAGCAAGUACGCACUUUUGUACAUAUUUACCUACGCGAAUCUCUAAUCUCGAACGCCAUAAAUGGAUCUUCUGGGCCCAGCUGGCAAGUCAGUUGUUAUUCAGCUGGCGAACCGGUGGAAAUUCGUGCUCCGCUCCAUAAACACAAUGGCCACCUAUGAACAGGUUAAGGAUGUGCCCAACCAUCCGGAUGUGUAUCUUAUCGACGUUCGGCGACGGGAAGAGCUCCAGCAGACGGGCUUCAUUCCAGCCAGCAUCAAUAUACCCCUGGAUGAACUGGACAAAGCCCUAAAUCUGGAUGGCAACGCUUUCAAAAACAAAUACAAAAGGUCGAAGCCGGAAAAGCAGUCGCGAAUCAUAUUCACUUGCCGGUCGGGAAAUCGAGUUUUGGAGGCAGAGAAAAUUGCCAAAAGUCAGGGAUACAGCAAUGUGGUGAUCUACAAAGGCUCUUGGAAUGAAUGGGCUCAAAAGGAAGGACUUUGACUGUAACCAGGCCAUAUGUAUUUCUAAAUAAUAAAAUAAUAGAAAUAAUGCUGAAACAAUCAAAUAACAAUAACAAUUUAUUUCUCAUAUAUCUAUGUUCAAAUGUAUCUAAAGUUUUAAACUACGCCCAUGGAAAGCUUAUCAAUACACAUACACAAUACACAUGCACCCGCACUCAAAA